AUGGACUUGGGUAGUGCUGUGACUGGCAACGCGACGUCUCCGCGCGUCAACAAGAAGAGCAUGGGCGCUUAUGUAGGCCACACGGUCGCUCUCGUAGGUGCCAUUGAAAGCCACUCGCCCACUGCCGUUGUCCUGCGCACAUCAGAUGGAGGCAUUGUGAACGUGACACCGCAGCCAGGUAGUGACUAUGGCAGUAAAGUGGUGGAAGUGAUUGGCCGCGUCGUGGACUCGCAGACCAUUCAGGAGUUCAAGACGACGCUCUUCGGUGAUACCUUUGACCUGGACGUCUACGAUCAAUUCGUGGGGCUUGCACAGACCAAGUACAAGCAUUUAUUCGAGUAG